GUCACUCGUCAAGAUUAAAAAAAUGUCUAGGUACAAGUCUAGGAUGAUAAGAUUAAUCAUCGUACUGACACGCAGCUGAUCAAUAUACUCAAUGUCAAUGAAUAACAAAUUCUCACCCAACGUACGUGGCAUUCAUAUAUAUAUAAAAGAGCGAAAUCGAGACAUAACCCGCGAUUCGAAGAUCAAAGGUCUUGGCGGUAAGAGAAUGCGAGUUUUGUUUGCAUAACCGAUAAGAAAGUAUAAUUGUUUAGUUUUCGUUCUCAACACGCAAAACGUUGAAAUUGUGUUUUGCAUCAAAAUUAUUUGACAGUAUUAGCAGAACCAUGAACGGCCACAUAGAUAAGUCUGCAGAUUUUGAGGAAGUGAAAGUACCAGUUCCUUGGGGAGUUAUUGCAGGAAAAUGGUGGGGCCCCAAGACCGUCCAACCGGCUAUCGCCAUCCACGGCUGGCAAGACAACAGCGGCACCUUCGACAACCUAGCGCCGCUCCUCAAAGAAAAAGGUCUCUCCUUGUUCUGCAUAGACCUCCCAGGACAUGGCUUCUCCUCGCAUUUACCGAAAGGCCAAAACUACUACCUCUUCUGGGACGGGGUGCCCAUCCUGAGACGCAUCGUGAAACACUUCGGCUGGAAGGAGAUCACGAUAAUUGGACACUCCCUGGGAGGGUGCGUGGCCUUUAUGUACGCUGCGGCGUACCCCGACGACGUCAAGAAGUACGUUAGCAUUGACAUAGCCGGCCCCAGCGUGAGGGACCCGAAGAAAAUGCUCGAAGCUAUAGGUACGAGCGUCGACAAGUUUUUGGAGUACGAGAAGAAAACCGUAGACGACAUGCCUUGCUACAACUACGAGGAAAUGAUCAACAUCGUAGUCGACGCUCACAAGGGAUCCGUCACCAGAGAGGGUUGCGAGAUAAUGAUGCGAAGGGGGAUGGCACCGGUAGGCGAGACCAAAAGGUACUUGUUCACCAGAGACCCGAGGUUGAAGGUUUCCUCUCUGGGUUUCAUGACGAUAGACGAGGUGCUGCUAUUCGCUUCCAGGAUCACCUGCGAGGUUAUGAACAUCCGGGCAGAAUCGGGGUUGACGUUGGAUAACCCCGGACAUUACUCGAUGAUUCUGGAAGAGAUCGAGAAGAGCGCUAAGAAGCUGAAGCGGCAUUUGGUUCCGGGAACACAUCAUUUGCAUUUGAACAACGGCGAGAGUGUAGCUUCAAUCAUCUACGACUUUUUGGUGUCGUAACGCUGGAGGAGUUAAAUUAAUUUAUUUAUUGGAUAAACUUAUUUAUGGCUAGUUCGAUGACUAUGGUUUUACUUUUUUUCUGAGUACUCCAAACAUAUGUAGACUGGUGCUGCCAGAUUUGAGUUACCAAGAUGUCUCCUUCUGCUUCCUUUGUUUUGAUCACACUUAUCAUAGUCUGUCUCAAAUGCUAAAAUCUUGAAAAGUUUCGUUAUGCUUGAUGAUUUCAACAAAAUCUUGCUUUCUCACUGGUUGAAUGGAACACAUAAUAUAAUAAUAUAUGUAUAUAUUUAUUGAGCAGUACAUGAUGAAUAUAAAGAACAUAAGUACAGCA